AUGGCGAAUGAAAGAUUCUCUUCCAAAGAACAUAAUCUUGAAAUAUUAUUAUUUUACAAUAUCACUAUUAGAUUCUUUUAUUUUUUUUUUGCUUCAAAUGGUCCAUUUGCAAAUAUCAAUUUAUCCUAUAAAACUGAUAUUGUUUUCGAAGGAUUCACUUUGAUUGGUGGUGGAUACAGUGGUUCUUUCAAUGGAGGUCUUGUUUCUGUGACAUAUUCUGGUUUUAGUGGUUCACCAAAUCUUGAAUUUGUCAAUACUACUAUCUCUGGAGCGAGUGUAAAGAGUAAUGGUGGUUGCAUCUAUUCAGACGGUAUGGUUGUAUCUGUUAUCAACUCGACUAUCUUCAACUGUAUGGCUCAAAAUAAUGGUGGUGCCAUUGCCACUGCCGAAGGCGUAACCCAGAUCUAUACCCCUCUGCUGUAUGUCAACAACUCCACCUUCUACUAUAAUAGUGCUGCCUCAAGUGCCGGUGCGCUCUACGUUUCCACCUUCAUAUCGAUUCAAAAUAGUACUUUCUAUCGAAAUAUUGCAACCCACAACGGUAAUGGUGGUGCCAUCUACUUCAACGGACAAAUGUCUUCUAUAGUUGGAACCACGUUUAUUCAAAACUCUGUACUAGGUAUGGGUUCUGGUGGUUCCAUCUAUGCUGAUAAUAUGGUUUUACAAGAUUGUCAAUUCUCCAGUGAUAACGCAUACUUUGGAGGCUCUAUUUACUCGAUUUCAUCAUUAGUUGUCAGUAGUUGUUCGUUUGUUGGUUCAAGUGCUGAUUUAUAUGGAGGAGCUAUUUUGGCAAAUGGUAAUGUCAACAUCAAUAACACUUUCUUCAAUGGUGCAACUGCCAACUCUGGAGGAGCUAUCUAUACUCAAAAUGCUGGAUCUACCAAUAUGAUCGAAGAUUCUCAAUUUUUCAAUAAUGUUCAGGUGGUGCAAUUCAGACAAACAUCUUCUUUCUUUUUGAGUGGUACCUUGUUCAAUGCCAACUCUGCAACUAUUCAGGGUGGCGCCAUGUAUUUCAGCGGUGGUGGAUACCCAAAAAUGUUUUAUGGUGGUAAAUUCAUAUCAAACUCCAAUUUGAUGAAUCCAACUUACAAUACUUUCAAUACUGACAUGAUCAAAAAUGUAAACACUGUCAAUAUUUCAGUUGAUAUCUUGAUAUCGCCCACCCUUUACAGUGUUCCACUCGUUACCGAUGAUUCUUUGGUAUAUCCAGUUGCAUAUGGAGUUCUGGGAGAUUGUUUCAAUGGUAUUGCUACCAUUUCCACAGGUGGUCAAGUUACAUCAUGCCAAUGCUUCCCAAAUUACUCAGAAUCUGAUCCACUUGGAUAUCCUGACCUUUGUUAA